AUGGAGCCCUUUGCGACUGACAUUUUCUUUGAGCCCAGUGGCGACACGCCCGCCAGCUGCCAUGCGGUCAAGAUCGUGACGGCGCCAAAGGAUGGUGUCGACGCCUCGAGGCGCCCGCACAACGUCAUCCGUGAAGUCAGGAUAUUGCGGCGCGCAACGCAUCCGAAUAUCAUCCCUUUGCUCGAGUACAGCUACUCUGAGCCAGAGCACCGACUGACCUUUCCGUUGCUGCCAGUGACGAUGGCCAACAUCCUGGAACACGCCCCGAGUCCCGAGAUCUUCGCCCACACCGCACUAGGAUUGCUCUCAGCACUCGAGCACCUGCACUCCCUCGAUAUUGCGCACAGAGAUGUCAAACCCGCCAACAUCAUGUACAGCUGGGACGGCACAGUGCAGCUGAUCGACUUCGGAACUGCCUGGGACGGACAGGGCGGCGACGGUGGCGCCGGGAUGGAGACACAAGUAGGGAGCGGGCACUACCGGGCGCCCGAACUGCUGUUCUCGGAGACGUACGAUCCCCGCGCGAUAGAUCUGUGGAGUGCCGGCGUGACGCUGGCAGAGUGCUUCAAUAUCGACCUUGGAGCCGACUCGGACUCCUCAGACUCGGACGACGAGAUCGAAGGCUUUCAGCUCCGCCGACCACCACCUCGAAAGCUUCUCUUCUCGGCUGAGUUUGGCGAGAUCGGACUCGCGGGGAGUAUCUUCAGGGUCCUUGGGACACCAACGGAGGAGAACUGGCCGCUCAUGUUUGACCCAAAACCGCCACGGAGGCUGAGAGAUGUUCUUGAUGUCGAUGAGAAGCAGUCCCUGGUCAUCGAGGGCCUUGUGCAGCUUGAAGCUGGACGGAGGCUGAGUGCGAAGGAUGCCCUGGCACUCCUUCCGCCAGCAGCCGAAGCGGAGGAGCAAGCGAGACCGGUGCUGAAGCGCUGGAUCGACCACGCCGAGAAGAAAUACGAGAAGCUGUUGUAA